AUGUACGAAGAAAAAGAAAAUAAGAGAUCCAUUGCAGUUGUAGAUCUGUUUAAAUAUUCAGGCGUGCUUGAGUCACAAAGAUUUACGAUGCGAUGUAAACUCGAGCAUUUCAGUCAUUUUCUAUUUUGCACAAAAGCGCAACUAAUUAUCCCAGUAAGGGCAAUAUCGUGCCUAACAAACGCUUUCCGCUGCUCAGAUGUUGGUCAUAAUUUUGUCAUUGCAGAGAUGGGCAAAACUGCUUUGUCAGAUGAAAGCCACGUGGAGCUUGAGAAUCGGGAUCCUCGUCAUCUUAAUCAACACUUACAGGUGAUCUGGGAAGAAGUAAUUGGCGAACCAGGUGGUAUAAGAAGUCCCGAAUGCGCUUGGUGCUUGAGCAUUCAGUGUUUCCGAAUAUCGCGUGGCUGUUGCUAUACAUUGCUAUCAAUUUUCGUGGCACCAUUAUUUGCUCUCUGUCUUGGUUUGUCUUUCGCGUGUCUCGCUUUCGAGCACAUUUGGUGUAUCGCGCCAUGCUUGCGGAUCUGGCGUAUCAAUUGCUUUGCUGCCAAGAAUUUCUGGAACUCCUUUGUUCAAACCGUAGUGCAUCCUUGCACCGAGUCUUGCGGUUAUCUUUUUUAUAAUAUUAGAAUCCUUAAUCAGAAGCUGCCUAAUACUCUUGAACGCAAAGCCGACCUGCACAUCGUUUGA